AUGGCGGCGCCGACUCCUCCUCAGCUUCAACCCCCACUCUCUCCUUCUCCCUCCCCACAACACCAACACCAUAAUACACUCCUCCCAGCAACAACACCAACCCCCAAAACCCUAAUCAUCACCUCUCCCACCUCCUCCCUCCUCGCCUCCCUCCGCACCGCCUCCGCCGUCGCCGACCUCCGCAAACUCCACGCGCGAGCCAUCAAAAGCGGCCUCUUUUACGACCCCCGCGUCCAGAGCUCUCUCGUCCGAAUGUACGCUAAGCGCCGCGCCUGUCGCGACGCGCUCGACGUGCUCGAUGAAUGUUCAAGUCCAAACGUUGUUUGUCAGAACGAAUUGGUCGUUGGGUUUUGUCGAAUCGGGGAUCUGGGUUCUGCACGUAAGGUUUUCGACGGAAUGGCCGAGAGAAAUGUCGUUUCUUGGAGUGUUAUGGUCGACGGGUAUGCGAGAAAAGGGAAGAUGGAUAGCGCGCAAGAGCUGUUUGAUGCAAUGCCUGAGAGGAAUCACUUCGCGUGGAACUCGUUGAUAUCGGGGUAUUUGAGAUGUGGUGAUGUGGAAAUGGCUCGAAGGAUCUUCGAUAGCAUGGUCUCUGAUUGGGGAGUGAUCACUUGGACGGCGAUGAUCUCAGGUUAUGUGAAAAAUCUACGGUUCAAGGAGGCCGUGGAGCUCUUUAUUCGCAUGCAAGUAAACGGCGUGAAGCCGAAUAAUGUCUCAAUCGUCAGCGUACUACCUGCGAUUGCUCAUCUCGGUGCUCUUUUUCGCGGUCGAUCGAUCCAUUCGUACGUCAUAAAAUUGGGUAUAGAACUCGACUCAAUCCUUGGCUCUGCUCUUUUGGAUAUGUACUCCAAAUGCGGGUGCAUUGAAGGAGCAAUAAGAAUCUUCGAAAACCUUAACAAAAAGGAGUUAUCGGCUUGGAAUUCCAUUAUCUUGGGUCUCGCGGCCCAUGGGCGCGGUAUAGAUGCCCUAGAUUUGUUCCUGCGGAUGCAAGAGAAUGAUCCUCUAUUGAUACCCAAUGGUAUUACGUUUAUCGCUCUUCUUAGCGCAUGUAGCCAUUCGGGACUAAUCAGCGAGGGCAAGGCGGUGUUCGAUCUCUUCACAAAUUAUUACCGACUAACUGCAAAUUUACGGCACUAUGGAUGCAUGAUCGAUAUGUUAGGGCGCGCGGGGCUUUUAAAAGAAGCGUUAGAGUUUGUGGAGAAAAUGCCGGUCGAGCCAAAUUCGAUAAUCUGGAAGUCUCUAAUAAGCGCGUGUCGAGUUCACAAGGACGUUGAAAUGGCCGAUCGCGUGUGGAGGAAAGUGAUCGAAUCGGGCCCUCAAGAUAGUGGGUUUUAUGUUCUUUUAGCCAACAUAUUUAAUGAUGUGGGGCGGUUAGAAGAUGCCGGUAGGGUGAGAACAAAGAUGAACGACAUGCGGGUGACGAAGGUCUCGGGCUGCAGCUGCGUCGAGGUGGAUGGAGUAGUUCACGAGUUCUUCAUGGGAGGUGAGAGUUUUCAUGAUCAAAGUAGGGAGAUUAUAUGUGUAUUGCAUGAGUUGGAAGGAUUGAUGGAAUUCGAAGAAUAUAAUAUGUAG